UCUCAUUCACCUUUGCUAAUUACGGCUCACCUACUGACGUCACUUUGCCGAAUCAGGUAGACGAAGCAUCAUCAGAGAAACACAAUCUGCACAUAAUUUCCAGAUUGGGACACGCAGAAACAGUCCUCAAUUAUUCCUUGAACAAGUCUGAACAAAAGAGCAGGCUCCUGCUGAUUAUAACGGUGUGAAAGCUUUCUAACUGGGUUGAUCACCGCCUGCUGGGUGCCCGUGUGUCUUGACUUACAUUAUUGCUCCACCUCCAUCGCCUUGAACUGAAGUCGCAGUUCAGUCAGUUUCUGGAGAGGAAGCAGACGGAAGGCGGACUGCGCUCAGUGAGGAGAAACCCACAGAACACCGACGAUGGCAGAGAAUAAAAUGGGCCCAAACAUCCAGGCUGGAGCUGGAUUCCUCGCCAAACGGGUCCAGAAGUCUUUGAGUCGAGCUCAGGAGAAGGUCCUUCAAAAACUGGGCAAAACCAUGGAGACCAAGGAUGAACAGUUUGAGCUGUGUUUCCAAAAUCUCAACAAACAGCAGAUCGAUGGUAGCCGGUUGUUUAAAGAUGUGAAAGCCUACCACACAGCAGUGAAGGCUGUGCACGAUACAUCCAAGCGGUUGUCCCAGACGCUGCGAGACAUCUACGAAUCGGACUGGAACGGGGUGGACGACCUUGCUGUUAUUGCAGAAAGUGAAGAUUUGCUGUGGAAUGACUAUGAAGAGAAACUGAGUGACCAGAUAGUCCGCACAAUGGAGAACUAUACAAGCCAGUUCCCUGAGGUCAAGGAGCGAGUUGCAAAACGUGGUCGCAAGUUGGUGGACUACGACUCAGCACGUCACCACCUGGAGGCGCUACAGAGUGCCAAGAAAAAAGACGAAGCCAAAAUAGCAAAGGCAGAAGAAGAGUUCAAUAAGGCCCAGGCUGUCUUUGAAGAAAUAAAUAAUGAGCUGAGGGAGGAGCUGCCUGUUCUGUAUCAGAGCCGUAUAGGCUGCUAUGUGACAGUGUUCCAAAACGUAUCAAACCUGAGAGAUGUCUUCUAUAAGGAAAUGAGCGUGCUAAACCGUGAAAUUUACAAUGUGAUGAAGAAACUGGAGACUCAACACUCCGGAAAAGCUUUCAUCAUCAAGGGUCUGAACAGCACUUCAGGCAAGUCAAAGAAGAGAAAGUCCCUAGUCAUCUCCAAUCCCAUUCCCUGCAAUACAGCAUUCCCAGCCGACCAUGUCUCCCUUCAUUCUUCCACCCAAAAUGGAAAAGACGCGGUGCCCUCUUCUCCUGCCCAAAGAACCCAAAGCGCUUCUGAAGAAACGAGCCUACCAGAAGAGAGCAGUGUCUCAUCUAAAGAUGUCCACUCCUCAGACUCUGAUCUCAGCUCCAGUGGCACCAACACACCCAAGAGGCAGUCAGUAUGUGACAGUGAGAACAGCAACAGGGGCUCAGAAGUUCCAAGUACAGAAGCGGCGGAUGCAGUGGCCGAAGCAGAUGCAGAAGCAGAAUUUGCUACAAACCAGUCGGAUGACUCUGGGGUGGGAGUCCCAAAGUCAGAGACUGCAAAUCAGGAGGUGUCCAACCUCUCUGAUUCUGCAGAUAGUGAUGCCCCACAGACUCCGGAGCAGGAGAAUGUAGCUGAUCCCCCAGAAGAUGAGGCCAUAGCCAAACCUGGACCAGUUCCUGCCCCUCGCAUCUCCUCUCACUCCACAAACAGACACUCCUGCUCACCCGCUGAGCAGCAGGAGGAGACAGAGGGAGAACAGUCCUGCUCACCCGCUGAGCAGCAGAAGGAGACCGAGGGAGAACCAGUCAAUCAGGAUACAGUGGAGUCAGGUGAUGACUCCAGUACUGACAAUCCACCUGGCUUCCUAUACAAGGGGGUGGCGGUAGAGAGCCACGCAGCAUCUGAACAGGGCCUGCUGCAGUUUGAACAGGGAGACAUCAUCCUGGUGCUUGCUAGCACUCAAGAGCAGGACGGCCUGGUGAAGGGGAUCAGGGAGGAGAGCUGGAACCAGCACAGGGAUCUAGAAAAUCACUCCGGGGUAUUCUCGGAAAAACUCAUUCAACCUGUUCAGGCAGAGUGAGGCAAUGGUUAUUCCUCAGUCUGUAAUAAUUUCUUUCUCCACUGAGCCAUUAUGGUGACUCACACACAUGCACACACACACCCACACACAGAGGGAGUGGACCCAUCUGUUUUGGGUGCAGAAGCUGUACAAACAGAUGAGCACAAGUCCCACAUGGUUACUCACAUGUUAUGAUGUUGCAACUUGUGGAACAAAAGUGAUUGAGCUGCAGAACAUCUUGUAAGAGACAUUUAGAAAUACUGUAGUACUUUUUGUAUAAAGGUCAUUCUCUAAAACACUGUGGAAAAAAUGUUUUUAUAAUGAUUCUAUAAUCUUGUGUAAAGUUUCCCAAUAAAGUUCUAAG